AUGAACGCGCGCGCAAGGCGCAGUGCAGCUGCGCAGCAAGCUUCUCCUCCUCCUGGGACUUUCGUCGAGCAGUUGGCGUGCAUCCAAGGGGGCUUCCAGCAGCUAUCCAAGGGGGCUUCAAUGGAGUCCCUUGCCAACUUUCCAGCAUUCCAAGGGGUCGUCCGACCCCUCUUGUCCCAACGUGGAUCCGCCACUGCCGAGGACUGCACCAUAGGGGGCUACCAUGUCUCGAAGGGCACCCGGUUGAUCACGAACCUUUGGAAGAUCCAAACCGACCCGAGAAUAUGGCCCGACCCAUUCGAAUUCAAGCCGGAGAGGUUUCUAACGACCCACAAGGAUGUUGAUGUUAAGGGAUUGCACUUUGAGUUAAUUCCAUUUGGAAGUGGGAGAAGAGCAUGCCCUGGCUUGGCAUUUGGCCUUCAAAUGGUGCGAUUGACGUUGGCUAGUUUUGUGCAUGCGUUUGAAAUCUCCAACCCCUCGAGUGCACCGAUUGAUAUGACUGAGAGCUCAGGACUGACAAACAUCAAGGCGACCCCUCUUCAAGUUCUCAUCAAACCUCGUUUGCCUUCUCAACUUUAUGGAUAA